CAUGUAACUGAAGUCCACUCCUCACACACCCCUCCCAAGUUUUCUUAUGCAACUGUAAUCAGGGUUUAACUUCUGCUGAACAAGAGCACCAAACUGUUCAUGCAAAGAGAGCGGAGGCUGUGUUUUUCCCACCCUGCGAGGACUUUAAGUAAACCGAUGGGGACCGUCACCGGAGCGUUUCUCGUUUUCCUGCUGUGUGUGCACCUCCCAGCUGGACCCACCGUUCAAGCUGGAAGGAUCCUGGUGUUCCCGGUGGACGGCAGCCACUGGCUCAACAUGAACCUGCUCAUUCAGAGCCUUCACGCCAAAGGUCACGAGGUCACCGUGGUCCGCACUGCCACCAGCUGGUAUGUGAAAGAAAACGCCCCUCAUUACCGCUCCAUCACCGUCAGUCUACCGGAAGCUAUUUCCAUAGAAGAAGAGGACUUCUUUGUAACGUUUUUGGUCAAGAUGCUUGAGAUUAGGAGGCAGGGUGGGUCUGUGAUGGGCUUUGUGAAUUUCUACUGGGAGAUGCUCACAGCGCUGUCAAACAUCCACCGGCAGGCCAGCAUGAUGGCUGUGGAGAUAUUUGAGAACCGAACUCUGCUGCAGAGCAUCCAGGACUCUCAGUUUGACGUGGUUCUCGUGGACCCCGGGAUACCUGUGGGGGUUGUGGUGGCUCACCAACUGAAGCUGCCGACCGUUUUCAAUGUCAGAUGGAUCACCAGUGGGGAGGGUCAUUUUGUGGUGGCCCCCUCUCCCACGUCGUACGUUCCGAUUUCUGGCCACGCCGUCACUGACAAGAUGACAUUUUUGGAAAGGACCAAAAACACUUUUUUUUACUUCUUCAACACGUGCAUAGACAAGCUGAUUGUAUGUCCUCACUAUGACGCGUUAGUGGAAAGGUACUUUGGGCGGAAUGUGAGCUUCAAUCACCUUCUACAAGGGGCCGACUUCUGGCUCAUGCGGGUGGACUUUGUCUUUGAGUUCCCGCGGCCGACCAUGCCCAACGUCGCUUACAUCGGUGGAUUUCAGUGUAAGCCGUCUAAGCCUUUACCGUCAGAGCUGGAGGACUUUGUCCAAAGUUCAGGAGAGCACGGCUUCAUCCUCAUGUCUCUAGGGACACUAGUUAAAGGGCUUCCUCAUGAAAUCACCUCCGAAAUAGCCGCUGCUUUUGCACAACUUCCACAGAAGGUGAUAUGGAGACAUGUCGGGGAACGGCCCAACAACUUGGGCAACAACACCCUCCUGGUGAAGUGGAUGCCGCAGAACGACCUGUUAGGUCACCCCAAAGUGAAAGCCUUUGUUGCUCAUUGUGGUACUAAUGGCAUCUAUGAGUCCAUCUACCACGGCGUGCCCAUCGUAGGCAUCCCCCUGCUGUUUGACCAGUUUGAGAACGUUUUGCGACUGGAAGCGCGAGGUGCAGCGAAGGGCGUCGAUGCAGCCAAGCUGGACCGCCAGAGCUUCCUGGAAGCGCUGCAACAGGUUCUCAACAACCCGUCCUACAGAAACAACAUGAGGCGUCUGUCGUCCCUCCAUCGGGAUCAGCCCAUGCAUCCUCUGGACACCGCCGUCUACUGGGUCGAGUACGUCAUGCGGCACAAGGGAGCUGCGCAUUUACGAACAGAGUCCUACAAGAUGCCCUGGUAUUCCUAUCAUUCUGUGGAUGUUAUUUCCCUUUUAUUCGCAAUCGUGUCGAUGCUCAUAGCUGCUGUGGUUGGGUUCAUGCGGUUCCUGUGUCUCAGGAUGUGCAGGAGGAGGAAACCAAAGCAGGAGUGAGUCCGUCUGUAAUCUUUUUCAAAUGAACUGUUAAACAUAGUGGGAGGAGCCUGGAAACACAACGCCCCACCCCCCACAGCCCAAGAUGUUAUCGACCAUUUGUUUCUCCAGAAAUCCCAGCCUGUGAUGGAGGCUUCUGGCUUCAAAAAUAUCUUCUUUUCUGGAAAAAUCCACCAAUGCAUGUUUAAUCUGGAAUGCCGUCUGUAACUGAAAAAAAAAAAAGAAAUGAAAAUGGUUUCCUGUUUGAUUAUCUUAAAGUGUCUUUACAGUUAUUACGUAGUCAUCAGCAAACUUUGUGUUAUUUAACAAAUGAGAUAUUUUCAAAAGGUGCCUGAUUUGUGUGGUGACAUAAUAAACUGCAGACCUUUUAGUGAUGCUGAAACACAUUUGACAGCAUAGCUGGAGCUUUUGGAUUCUUGUAUGUUUGACUCGAUUGCAGGUGAGUGAAAGAGCUCAAACACAUAUGCGCUGUGUUGAACAUGUAUUCGUAGAUGUCUGGCUGUCUGCACAUCUGGGAGCGUUUUGGACUCCACACAAACUUAAAAAAUAGUUUGUUUUUUACAAAAGCCAACUUUAGAGUCAUCUGAACAACUUUAAAUAAAGAACUUCCUGUUUUCAGA